AACUAUCAAGAUGCCUCCCAAGUUUGAUCCUUCUGAGGUUAAGAUCAUCUACCUUCGCGCCACUGGUGGUGAGGUCGGUGCUUCUUCUGCUCUCGCUCCCAAGAUCGGUCCCCUCGGUUUGUCUCCCAAGAAGGUCGGAGAAGAUAUCGCCAAGGGUACCAAGGAAUGGAAGGGUCUCCGUGUCACCGUUCAGUUGACCAUCCAGAACCGCCAGGCCCAGGUCUCCGUUGUUCCCUCCGCCUCUUCCCUUGUCAUCAAGGCUUUGAACGAGCCCCCAAGAGAUCGCAAGAAGGAGAAGAACAUCAAGCACAGCGGUAACGUCUCCCUCGAGGCUAUUAUCGAUGUUGCCCGCACCAUGCGCUUCAAGUCCCUUGCUCGUGAGCUUAAGGGUACUGUCAAGGAGAUCCUCGGUACCGCCAACUCUGUUGGUUGCACCGUUGAUGGUCAGAGCCCCAAGGACUUGUGCGACGCUAUUGAUGCUGGUGAAGUCGAGAUCCCCGAGAAAUAAAUUACGAAAUUAUUCUUUAUCUAUCGAGCUCGACUGUCAGAAUCAAUUUCAGUACAAUAAAAAGAAAUAACAAAUGACAAAGAAAUACAGUUUCUCUAUCGCUUUAUGUCGCAUCGUAUCGCACCUUU